GUUUCGAUUCGAGGAUUCUAGAAAGGCCAUUUCUUUUCUAUAUAUCUCCUUUACUCGCGUCUUCUUCCCCUCUAAGCUGCAAUUGUAGAGCAAAAACCUUUCAAUCGACGCCUGAUCGAUCAAAACCCUCUUGCCGGCGGCCUCAAAGAGCUCCUCCCAGAUAAAUAUUUUUGGUCGGGAUCAGUUUAGAUUAUCGGUCGAAGAUGAGCGUGGUAGGUUUUGACCUCGGUAAUGAGAGCUGCAUUGUUGCGGUAGCCCGGCAGCGGGGAAUUGAUGUCGUUCUGAAUGAUGAAUCCAAGCGUGAAACUCCUGCCAUUGUUUGCUUUGGGGAGAAGCAACGCUUCAUCGGCACGGCUGGAGCUGCUACUUCCACCAUGAACCCUAAGAACGCCAUCUCUCAAAUAAAGCGUUUGAUUGGCCGGAAAUUUUCAGAUCCGGAGCUGCAGCUCGAUAUCCAUGCCUUUCCUUUUGCUGUCUCUGAAGGACCGGAUGGGUUUCCGCUUAUCCAUGCCAGGUACCUUGGUGAACUGAAGGCCUUCACGCCCACGCAGGUCCUUGCCAUGGUUCUCUCAAAUCUGAAAGGCAUUGCUGAGAAGAAUCUCAAUGCUGCAGUUGUCGACUGUUGCAUUGGGGUUCCUGUGUAUUUCACUGAUCUGCAGAGAAGAGCUGUGAUUGAUGCUGCCACGAUCUCGGGUUUGCAUCCUCUCCGUUUGCUCCAUGAGACAACGGCAACCGCUUUAGCUUAUGGGAUUUAUAAGACUGAUUUGCCGGAGAAUGAUCAGCUUAAUGUGGCAUUUAUUGAUGUUGGUCAUGCAAGUAUGCAGGUCUGUAUUGCUGGAUUCAAAAAGGGGCAGCUGAAGAUAUUGGCACACACAUAUGAUCGAUCUCUGGGUGGUAGAGAUUUUGAUGAUGUCCUAUUCAACUACUUUGCAGUCAAGUUCAAGGAUGAAUACAAGAUUGAUGUUUAUCAGAAUGCUCGUGCAUGCAUUAGGCUCCGUGCAGCGUGUGAGAAGCUGAAGAAAAUGCUGAGUGCAAACCCUGAGGCGCCAUUGAAUAUUGAAUGCUUGAUGGAUGAGAAGGAUGUGAGGGGUUUUAUUAAAAGAGAAGAGUUUGAGCAGAUUAGUGUUUUGAUACUAGAGCGUGUUAAAAGACCCCUUGUGAAUGCUCUUCAGGAGGCUGGUUUGACAGUGGAGAACAUUCAUUCUGUUGAAGUUGUUGGAUCGGGAUCUCGUGUUCCAGCUAUUAUUAGAAUUUUGACUGAUUUCUUUGGUAAGGAGCCAAAACGGACAAUGAAUGCAAGUGAGUGUGUUGCUCGUGGCUGUGCCCUUCAAUGUGCAAUUUUGAGCCCUACCUUUAAAGUUCGAGAGUUUCAGGUACAUGAGAGUUUUCCCUUCACCAUUUCCCUGUCAUGGAAAGGGUCCAGUAAUGACUCGCAGAAUGAAGCAGCAGAUGCUCAACAAAGUGUAGUUGUUUUUCCUAAGGGGAACCAAAUCCCUAGUGUAAAGGCUCUUACCUUUUAUAGAUCCAAUACAUUCUCGGUUGAUGUCACAUAUGCUGAUGUCAAUGAUCCUUGUAUACCUACCAAAAUCAGCACAUAUACGAUUGGACCUUUCAAAACUACUAGCGGUGAAAGGGCAAAGUUAAAGGUUAAAGUUCGGUUGAAUCUGCAUGGGAUUGUCUCUAUUGAAUCUGCAACUUUGCUGGAGGAGGAAGAAGUAGAUGUUCCUGUGACAGUGGAGAAUGCAACUGGCAAAGAAGAUGCUAAAAUGGAUACAGAUGAAGCAAUUAACAAUGAUUUAGCUGGAACUGAUGCUAAUUUCCAAGAUGCUAAGAGCACAGCUUAUGAUGCUGGUGUGGAAAAUGACAAACAAGAGAGUGAAGAAAAACCUGUAAAGAUGGAUACAGAUACCAAGGCUGUUGCUUCUAAGAGGAAGGUGAAGAAAACCAAUGUUUUAGUUGCUGAGGUUGUUUAUGGUGCAAUGGCACCUACGGAUUUGCAGAAAGCUGUAGAGAAGGAGUUUGAAAUGGCCCUUCAAGAUAGAGUUAUGGAAGAAACUAAAGAUAGAAAGAAUGCUGUGGAGGCCUAUGUAUAUGACAUGCGAAACAAGGUUCAUGACAAAUAUCAUGAAUUUGUAACUGCAUCAGAAAGGGAGGAACUUAUCGCCAAGCUUCAGGAGGUUGAAGAUUGGCUUUAUGAAGACGGUGAAGACGAAACUAAGGGUGUUUAUAUUGCAAAACUUGAAGAAUUGAAAAAGCAAGGUGACCCCAUUGAACUGCGCCACAAGGAGUGGACAGAAAGAGGACCUGCUUUCGGCCAACUUGUUCAUUGCAUUAGUAGCUACAGAGAAGCAGCAUUGUCUAAAGAUCCUAAAUUUGAUCAUAUUGACAUUGCUGAGAAGCAGAAGGUAGUCAAUGAGUGCUCUGAAGCAGAAUCAUGGUUGAGGGACAAGCAACAGCAGCAGGAUGCCUUGCCGAAAUAUGCAAACCCUGCUUGCUUAUCUGCGGAUAUUAAGAGGAAAGCUGAGACACUGGACAGGUUUUGUAGGCCAAUUAUGACCAAGCCCAAACCAGCACCCGCGAAACCCCAGACCCCUCCUCAAAGUGAGGCGGAGCAGCAACCGCCACAGGAUGAUAAGGAAGAGGGUGGUGCUGAUCAUGAGUUUGAAGGAAACAAUCAGGCCUCAGCUUCUGCUGCGUCUGAGCCAAUGGAGACAGAACCUACCGCUUAGCCACCUGAAUCAAUUCUAUGUCAUGUUUCCCUGAAGGUUUUAUUCUUCUGUUUGAACUUUAUAGCCUUAAGUUUUAAAGAGUUUUGGUGGCUUGGGGGGGACAUACGCGGUAGGUUUUAUGUGUUCUUGGCACUUUAUAGCUUUCAGAUAUGUUUUUGGUCACGUCUUGAAUGUUAGCUUGGUCUUAGAGAUAAUGCUUCUUUGAUGGGGGAGCUUGUGCUUUUUCUAUUAUAUAUAAUUAUUUCAGUGGCCUGGUUCCAUGUUAGCUCUUGUGUCGCUGGGUGAGCUGUGAAUUUUUUGACAGAACUCAAAAAUUAAUAUAUAUGCUUGGAUUUAUAUUUCUAUUUA